CCUAGUUUCUCAAUAUUGAAUACACAUAUUUGAUAGAGGAAAUUUCAAGAAUUAUAACUUUCAUUCCAGUCUUUCUGUAAACUAUGACCUGCCUAACGUGAAUCUACUGACAUGGAUAAACAUUUGACCAUGAAGUUCAGGGCAGUGCCACAAGACCCGACAAAACAAACCAUCCUAAUCGAAUGGCCAAACGUCAAAGAGAAAAUUGACAAUCUCUGUGUGGUUAUCUGCACUGAAGAAAGCGGGGAUGCCAUUUUCAUGUUUGUCUCCCUUCCUUCAGCUGGAGACAGCCUUGACAUUCCUCUACAUAUUGACUUGUCAUCAAAACCAUUCAAAGUGUAUGUGUAUGGGAUGCAGGGAACACACUGUCAUUACUUGUUCAGUGUAUGUGCAAGUGCAGUAAAAAACCUGGUUACAAAUAAAACAGAGUGUAAAGAAAGUAACUGGAGGCUACAUAUGGAAACACACAACAUAGAGCAUAUGAGUUUUACUUCAACUAAAAUCAACAAAGAUCAGUUCCGUCUUUUAGUCUAUCAUCAACAAGUGUCUGACUUUUUGAUGUUAACACCUGUGUCUACGGACACACCUGUCCCAAAGGUUCUCCACGAUGUGUUGGUGGUGAUCAAACAGCCGGCAGACAAACCCCUCAAUGAAAUGUUCAUCAAGGGAACCGCCUCCACCUCUUCCAUGAAACUGGCCCUUGACACAUUGUCGCCGGGCAAGGUGGCAGUCCGCAUGUACGUGCUGGAGAAAGUGCACCUUGAGCCGGGGGUGUGGAUUUACAAGAAGACACUGUCGUCGGAGGAGAAGGCUGUCACAUGGCCCUCACAGACAGCCGGUGCAGCGGCGGCGCCCCCAGCACCACUCAGACUGCCAGAUAUGACAAAACGUGACUUGAUGCUCUUGAUGCAAAAAGCCAACAGCUUUGUGGCAAGAGACAAACAGAUGUACGUUCUCAUACACCUGUACCGGAACAAGCCUCCGUCAUAUUUUAAUAAUAUUUUACACAAGUGUCGAGGAAUCAUGGAGAAAUACCGCAAGGACUUCAAUGGGGACCCAGCAUCCUGCAUCAACGGAACCAUCGACGGCUUGUUCUUCAGUGCCUCACUCGAUCGGCAGACACAAAGACCACCCAAUUUUUCUUACUUUGGUGCACAGCGUCUUCACAUUCCAGUGCAGCUGAUUCUCCACGAGAACACCAACAUGUACUUUGCAGACUUCUACUGCCACAACACGUGUCACUACGUCACGGUAGUCGUUACGGAGGCGUGGUCUCACACAGACUACUUCUGUAGAAACAAGCUGCUCAUCCUCAACCCGUACGACAAUCCCUUCAUCGUGAAGAGGUACAACCACUUUCUUCAGAAAUACAUUGUGUACGUGACGCUGUCUGUACUAGUCGAGGUGUUUUACACAGAGGACAUCAAUGUACUGCUUCUCAUGAAUAUGUAUCCCUCAAAUGUCUUCUUCACACAAGUUACCACAAGGGGAAAAGGAGAAAGCCUACUCUAUGGUAUUCCGAAAAAUAAAAACUGCAAAAUUUGUUCUUUGACGUGAAGCAAAACUUCGUCUUCACCUGGAAAGACGAGUGAUCACUCCCACUAUCCUCUACACUUAUCUGGAAAGGCGAGUGAUCACUCGAGCUUUCCUCUACACUUAUCUGGAAAGCUGCAAAUUGAUCGCCUUGCAAUAAAAAUGAAAUUUCAUGUAAUUGUUCGCCUGGCUUAAUUUAAGGAGAGUGAAGACUCCAGCUAAACAACAAACUGAUGACAAAAACUCUUUGUGAUAUUCUGAUUACGUUAUGUGCCAUAGAGAUGAUUAAACUAUUUAUAUAUU